AUGUUGAAGACGUCCCCCAUUCUCUCUCCCUCCGCCAACGCCUCGCCCACCAGCUUCCGCAAUGCGUCGUCGACGUCCUCCCAGGAGUCUGCUUCGUCCCACCCGUCGCAGCUCCCCGCCGUGAGCCCGAAGCCCGCCUAUCUGCGUCGCCGAUUGUCUACAGAGUCAGAGGCUGUAUCAGUCUCGGCAUCCUCGUCGGCGCUGUCGCCCGGCCGCUCACGCCGUACCGGGGCCUCGACAAGCGACAUCCGGUCCCCUGCCCAUGCGUUUUCCUCCUCCUCUGCCUCCCCAUUAGCAGCUCCUACGACCACGACCACGAAGGCGACUGUGACGACAUCCACGAAUAUGGGCAUCGACGACUCUCAGGGCCCGACGCGAACCUCACCCGCUCAAGCUCGGCUGUACAACGCGCUGUCGCCUAAUAAGCGUCGACUUGGCACCACCGCCGAGGCUUCUUCUCUAGAUGCCUCUUCAACCCCCGCCGCCACUGCUUCGAGUUCCGAUCUGGCCCAGGCUCAAGCCCAGGCCCAGACUCAACGGUCCGCCUCUCCUCAGGCACCGAAACGAGCCAGGCCCGAAGAACAGCCUCCCCGCGUUUUGCCAAACAAAUACGAGUUUUGUCCGGUAGAGCACAUGGUCGAGCUGAUUGCACAUAUGUUGGGAGAGCUGAUUGCCACCAAUGACGCAAUUCGCAUUUCCAGCGGUGGACUAACGCGGUUUCACUCGAGAACCCCCCCGGGCAUCUCUGUCAGAGAUUAUCUUCAUCGGCUUGCUAGACAUGCCACGCUCACGCCACCGCUUCUUUUGGCCAUGGUCUACUACAUUGACCGACUCUGCGCUCUCUACCCGGAAUUCACCAUCAACACCCUCACCGUCCACCGCUUCCUGAUCACCGCUGCCACAGUUGCUGCAAAGGGCCUCUCUGACUCCUUUUGGAACAACACUACCUACGCGCGAGUAGGCGGAGUGCGAGUUGCUGAGUUGAGGCUCCUCGAGCUUGAAUUUCUCUACAGGGUGGAUUGGAGAAUUGUGCCGAAUCCGGAAAUUUUGGUGGCUUAUUAUCAGGGGCUUGUCCAGAGGGCUCCGGGAUAUGAGCUGGAGUCUGAUGGGUCGAGCGAUGACGACGAAGACGACGACGAUGACGAAGAAAUUGACGACGAUGACAACGAAGAAGAUGCUGCACAGCAGUAA